CGACGGCGGUUCUUUCCCAAGUGAUUGUUGUUUAUUUACAUACCGUGUGAAAAGGAGCGAAAAUUGCAGGAACAUAGCAAAACCCCAGAUUUUCUCCCAACAAGACCAAACUUCGAACUCAACGAGAACAAAUAAUCAAAAUAGGCAAAGAUAGAGAGAGACAGAGAUUCACGAAAUUGCCUACUUGUUUUAACUUUUAUAUAUAAAUAUUUCAGACAGCAUUUUCCUCUGUCUUUUUCUCUUUGUGAUUUUCUCUUCUUCUGGUUUUGAUUUUCCCGAGAAAAGGAAAAUCAAGCUAGAAAAGAGGGGAUCGAGUAGCACGAGAGAAGCUAAACACAACUAAGAAGAUAGCUCUCAGCUAAAGACGCUUCCAGUUGAAGAAAAAUGUCUGAAUCGACCAAACUGAGGCUAGUUCGUUGCCCAAAGUGCGAGAAUCUCUUAUCAGAGCCUGAAGAUUCCCCCUUUUUUCAGUGCGGUGGUUGCUUCACCGUCCUCCGUGCCAAAAUCAAGGAGCGUCAAGCAGAUUCGGUUUCAGAAAAGUCUGUGGAAGAAAGAGCCAAACCAGUUUCAGUUAACUCAAGUAGUUCCCCAGAAAAAGCAAUUGCGGAUUCUAGUGAGACGUCGUCAUCUGAUUCUGAUGUUCCAUCGAUUUCUGCAUCUUUGAGACACCAGCAGAAUGUUGUUCCGGUCGCUGUUGAGAGCGAUCCUUGUUCAAAGCCGAAAGCUUUUGAUGCCGGUAACAGCUCAGUGCUACUAGGGGAGAAAGAUGACCCGAAAUCUCAAUCGGGUAGACAAGAACCGGGUUUGGAUCGGUUCAGGAAAAGAACAACCAAGAGAUGUGAUUCUGAAGGUGUCAUCAACAGAUUAUCCACUUCAAGGUAUCCUCCUUGUGAUGAAGGCACUUCUUCCUCUACUACAACGAACUGCUUGCCAGAUUCACUCCGUGAGUUCCAGAAACGUCUGAAAGAAGAGAGCGAUGAAGCAAUCGAGCAAGACCGAGCUGGACUUCUGAGACAGUUGGAUAAGCUCAAAGAACAGCUUGUUCAGUCUUGCAAUGUGGCUGGUGACAGACCUAAAGAACAGUCUUCUUCUUCCACGGGGUUGAACAAGGCUCCUCCUGUGCGGUUUCACAGUUCCGGAAAUCACGCUGUUGCAGCAGGUCCUUCUUAUUACCAUCAACAUCCCGAACCGCAGUUUCCUUACAACAACAACAACAACAGCAACGAAGUCUCUAUGCACCAUGGUCUGAUGCAUCCCUCUUAUGGAGACCCUCACAGGUUCCAGAUGCACGGAAGAGGUCCUCCUACGCUGCAACCAUCUCAUCCCUACUUCUCGGGACAAUAUGUUGGUAAUAAUAACAUCAACGGUGGUCACGAUCUCUUUGACGCAUACCCGCAGCAAAACGGUCAUUUUCAUCACUCAUCUUGCUCAUGUUACCACUGCUAUGAUAACAAAUACUGGCGAGGCGGCUCAGCACCUGACGCACCUUAUAACGCCGGUUUUUAUCCUCAUGAGAGCGUUAUGGGUUUUGCUCCGCCGCAUAAUCCUAGAACCUACGCUUCUUCUCGUGGUCCACCGCCUCAUGGAAGAUGGCCUAGUAACUUCAGUGAGGCGCAGAUGGAGGCUCUCUCACGGGUUCGUCCUCCUCCUAAAGUUGUCUUAUCAGGCGGUUCUCGACAUAUCCGCCCCUUGGGAGGCGGCGCUCCGUUUAUAACCUGUCAGAACUGCUUUGAGCUUCUGCAGCUGCCAAAGAAACCAGAAGCUGGGGCUAAGAAACAGCAGAAAGUGCGGUGUGGAGCAUGCUCGUGUUUGAUUGAUUUGUCUGUUGUUAACAACAAGUUCGUUCUCUCCACAAACACGGCUUCAACGAGACAAGGAGAAGCUCGUGUGGCUGCUGAUUACACCUCCGACGACUAUGAUCUUCUUGGCUACGUGUUUCAUUCCUUGGAUGAUGAACCAAGAGAUUUUUCAACUGCUCCGGGACUGAUCUCUGACAAGUCCCAAGAUACGCAAAAUGUUCAUUCCCAUUCCGCUAGCCUUUCCGAUGAGGACGAGCUGAGCUCAGACAGUGUAACAGCGAAACCACUUGCUCAAGCACAAGAUUCGCCUCUACACGAGAACUUUGUUAACUACUCUUCUAUCAACCAAGACCGGUCUGGAGCAGGCAGCCGUAGCUCUCGUUCAGAACAAGACAGGGUCACACUGAGUAAGACAAUGAGACAGAACUCCAUGAAAGAGGUCUCACUUGCAAGUGAGAUGGAGGUUUCCUUCAAUGACUACACCCAUCACAACAGUGGAGUAUCAUCUAAAGAUCAACAGCAAAGAUCUAAGAAGAACGGAUUCGCGAGCAUCGUGAAGAAAAGCUUCAAGGAUCUGACCAAAUCCAUCCAGAACGACGAAGGGAACAAAAGCAACGUUUCCAUAAAUGGGCAUCCUUUAACGGAACGUCUGCUGAGAAAAGCAGAGAAGCAAGCCGGAGCCAUUCAGCCAGGAAACUACUGGUAUGAUUACAGAGCUGGAUUCUGGGGAGUAAUGGGAGGUCCAGGUCUUGGAAUCAUACCGCCAUUCAUAGAAGAGCUGAAUUACCCAAUGCCAGAGAACUGCGCAGGGGGAACAACGGGAGUGUUUGUGAACGGAAGAGAGCUUCACCGUAAAGAUUUGGAGUUGCUUGCGGGAAGAGGUCUUCCUCCAGACAGAGACAGAUCAUACAUUGUCGACAUUACGGGUAGAGUCAUCGAUGAAGACACUGGUGAAGAGCUCGAUUGCCUUGGGAAACUCGCCCCGACGAUUGAGAAGUUGAAGCGUGGCUUUGGGAUGAGGUUUCCAAAGAGAGCUACGUGAACCAGAGUUUUUUUGUACAAAUCUGUCAUGGGAAACAAGUAAUGGAAUGUGACUAAAAUGAAUAUUUCUCUAAAGCUAUACACAUGGUCAACGCUAAAUGACUAUUUUUCAUAUUUUUUUCAUUUUAUAUAUGCAUUAUAAAAGGAAUGACACAAUCUUCUGAUCAUCACCAACCGGCGUGAGAUUAUGCAGUUGUGAUUUGUAACUUCUUAAAAUCGGUAACUACAGAGAAAUAAGGCUAUCUCUGGUCUAUUAUUUAUUAGGUUCGAACAAUUGUGCUUCUCUGGGUAAUUUUCUACUUUUGGUUUAAAUGGGUUCUUAUUAGGUGGGUCUCUAGACUAAAUACUUCAGAUGGCUUAAUGUAUUUGUAAUGUACGAUGAGCGCUUUUGCCAUUUUAAGUCAAUGCAAAGAAAUUGUUAUAUAAAAAAAACGUUUGUGC